AGAUGACAAAAAGGAACACGGCUCUAGAAGAAACUCAACGCAAUCGCCACAAAUAAUUUACUUAUAUCUAUAUAUACCUAACAUGAGUAUUUUUCCACUUAAAAAUUAACCAGAAAUCUGGUGACGUAAUUCCUGUCACCAGCACCUCAUGACAAGCUGAAAAAUUGUAUCUUCAUUUUAUGUAAAAAUUUUGUAUUAUUUCGCUUAACACGACGCGAAAAAAAUGAAUAAUUCUGUUCUAAACCAGUCUGAUCCGGAUGUUUAUGGUAAAGUCAAAAUCGAAUACCACGAUCCUACUGAUACAAGAAGGAUGAUUUCGCAGACGUUUUCUUAUAAAGAAAAUAGUGGCGAAGAACCACUGCUGAAAGCACGCAAAAUUCUCAAUCAUGUCGAAAACAGUGGCAAUAAUUUGCCACGCAUCGCUAUCAAGCGAGAAAUUAACGGGGAAAUGAAGGGACAGGUUAUCGGAUUAAGCUACGGUUGGGACAAUAAAAAGUUCAAAUAUCCAGAAAUAAUGUCCAACUUCCAAACUGGAAACAUUUCGGCUCUUCAACAGACGAUUUCAAGGGGCGGCAGCGGGGAUAUCGGCAAUUCGGUCAGUCCUAGUCCAAGGGGUUCGGAUAGCGGCAUCGAAUCGGAUUACGCUGACUUAAACCUGUCCUGGUUGGUGAAUUAUAAGAUCCGGGAACUUCCUCCUUUUCUGGAGGGUCAAACCACAGAUGAUGCAACUGAGACAGUUGAUACAAUAUCCCAUCAAGCACUUGCGAAGGAAAGUUUCAUGGAUGUAGGAUUUCAAAAACCUUCGCCAAGACCAACAGACAAUUUACCAAAGAAACCGCCUUUUACCUACACGGAAUUGAUUGAGCAUGCAUUGACUGAGCAAGGACAACUAACUGUUUCUGGAAUUUAUGCCUGGAUAUCUAAUCAUUUUCCGUUUUACAAAACAAACGACGACAGAUGGAAGAACUCUGUCAGGCACAAUUUGUCUAUCAACCCGCACUUCCGGAAAGGAGGGAAAGCAUCCCAGGGCGCCGGACAUUUCUGGACUAUUGCUUCGAGGGACGAGACCAAAUCAUAUCACAUGCGUCAGAAAAUAAAGGAAUUUUUGAGAUUAUCUAAAGCUCAAAAUAAUGAAACAAUGAAUGACACAGAUGCACUUGAAAUGGAACUACAAGCGGCUACUAAUAGUAUUUUAGAGGAAAUACAAACUGGAAUGGAAUUACCUCUAGUGCUGCCAUCAGAGCUGAACAAUACUGAACAAACUACCUUGGAUACUGAUGAAGAUAUUCCUGUGGAGUUUAUUGGCCUUUCUGAAGAUGUUACCGAGCUAGAACUAGAAGGUUUUCUAACUUCAUCAGUAUCCAAACAAGGCCUUGUCAAUGGAUGCAAUCUGGGCCUCAGUGAUGAUUAUUUUAUCACUGAUAUCAACCCCAAUUUUUUGGGUCUAAUAGAAGAAGAUGACGGAAUGCCUCUAGAAUAUUACGAAAUGAAAUAAUUUUAAAAACUUUCAAGAGGUACUUUUGUGGUUAGUGGCUUUAUUUUCUAUUAUCGGAACCGCAAGUGCCAUACCUAUUAUUAUAGUCUUUAUACUUAUUUUAAUACUAAUAUUAGGUAAUCCAAAUAAAGUGAAAUCAGUAAUCAGUAUAAUUUUAAAGCGUACCUACUUUUUAAUGUUGAAUUGGGAAGAUCAUAAUUAUGAUAAGGUAAUGUAGUUUGGCAAUAAUUUUACAUUUGUUCCAAUCAAUUUUUAGAAGCACCAAACUAGAAUUAAUUCCCACCUUCUUUUAAAUGUUAUCUAUUUUAGUUAAUAGUAGAUAAGAUAUCUAUAAUAAGUAAUUAGGAAAAGUGUAAAUAUAAUUUAUUUUAGUCAUGUAUAAAAAUGAUAUUUUUA